CGCGAACGCUCUGAUGGAGGCGGAAAGAUCCGGCGGGGUGGCGGGAGGAACGAACCAGAGCCCCGCGGGAAGCGGAGCGGGGCGCAAUCCUAACGGGCCGAAGGCUGCGCUCGGUCCCGCUCCCACCGCAGCCGCCGCCGCCGCGGCAACCGGGGCGAUGGCUGGAUCCUCCCAGCCGCGAGAUCCGCAGGACGGGGACGCGGGCCUCUCGUUGCCCGGCAUUUUACAUUUCAUCCAGUACGAGUGGAGCCGCUUUCAAGCCGAGAAAUACCGCUGGGAGGCCGAACGAGACGAGCUGAGGGCUCAGGUGGCGUUUCUGCAGGGUGAGAGGAAAGGUCAGGAGAACAUGAAGCAGGAUCUGGUGCGGAGAAUCAAGAUGCUGGAGUACGCUCUGAAACAGGAGAGGGCCAAACAUCAGAAGCUGAAAAGUGGCACUGACCAGAGCCCUGGAGAGAAGAAACCAGAGACAGAAGCUGAACCAAUACCCAAUGGGCCUGCAGAUUCAGAUUCGGAACCAACCAAUCAGAUGCCUUGGAAGGAGGGCCGUCAGUUAUUGCGCAAGUACCUGGAGGAGGUGGGGUAUUCUGACACCAUCUUGGACAUGCGCUCCAAACGCGUUCGUUCCCUUCUGGGUCGCAACAGUCCAGAGGCGAACGGGCCUCCUCCGAGCGAAGCGCCUGCGGAACCAGAACCUCGCGGUGGAGGAGAGUCACUGCUAGUGCGCCAGAUUGAAGAGCAGAUCAAACGCCGUGCUGGAAAAGAGAGCUCUAAAGAACGGAUGGGCAGCUCCGUCCUUGAUAAGAUUCCUUUUCUUCGUGGCUGUGAGGACGACGAUGAGGAUGACAGCGACGAAGAGGAGGACUUCCAAGGCAUGACCACGGACUGCAUUGACGGUCGCAAAAACAAGAAGUCCAGGAGCAAGAUGGCCGGAGAGCCCAUGACCACGGACCUCGACCCCGAGGACGACGACGACGAAGAUGAUUCUGAGGACGCUCUGGGCGAGUUUGAUUUCUUGGGCUCAGGAGAAGAAGGCGAAGGGGCGGGAGAAGCUCGCAUAUCUGGAGACGGCCGUGAAUUAGGUUCGGAGAACCGUCGGAAUAAGUUGCAAGGCAUCAUGUCAGAUUUUCCUCCAAAACCUGCUCCACCUCCUUCUAUCCCGGGACAGACACGCUCCGGAGAGGGGGGAGCUCUGGGUUUCUCAUCUGACGUCUUCAUUCUGGAUGCGGUUGGAGGAGGGGAUAUGAACCUCGGAGAGCUGGCUGACCUCACCGUUGCCAACGACAACGACCUCACCAUUGACUUGCAGGACAGUCGAGAAGAGUUCAAAAAGACGUGGAACCCUCGCUUCACGCUUCGAAGCCACUUCGAUGCCAUCCGAGCGUUGACCUUUCACCCCAGCCAGGCCGUGCUGCUGUCCGCGUCCGAGGACGGGACGCUCAAACUGUGGAACCUCAACAAGGCGAUGCACUCCAAAAAAAAUGCAGCGCUGGACGUUGAGCCCAUUUAUACAUUCAGAGCACACAGUGGUGCUGUUUUGUCUCUGGCUAUGGGAGAGGAAGGAGAAUCGUGCUUCAGCGGUGGUCUGGACGGCACGGUGCGCUGCUGGAAGAUUCCAGACCUUAACGUGGAUCCUUACGACAACUACGAUCCGGGUGUGGAGAGCAGUGUGUUGUCAGGCCACGAGGACACGGUGUGGGGUUUAGCGUACUCCUCCAGCCUCAAGCGUUUGGCCUCCUGCUCUGCGGACGGGACUGUGCGGAUCUGGGACCCCCAUAAUUCCUCACCGUGCGUGUCUGUUUUCAACAAGGAGAAAGAACAUGGCACUCCCACCUCGGUUGCCUUUGUAAACUCUGACCCGUCCCAGGUUGUCGUGUCCUUCGAUGCGGGCGAGACUCUGCUUUAUGACCUCAACACAGAGCAAAGCAUCAUGGUCCUGGAGAACCAGGCUAAGGAUGGCAGCGAGCUGAUUAACCGCGUGGUCAGCCAUCCGACCCAACCGAUUUCCAUUACAGCCCACGAGAACCGCACCAUCCGCUUCCUGGACAAUAAGACAGGCAAAGUGAUUCAUUCCAUGGUGGCUCACCUGGAUGCUGUAACCUGUCUUGCCACGGACCCUAAAGGCACUUACCUCAUCUCCGGCAGUCAUGACUGCUCCGUGCGCUUGUGGAUGCUGGACAAUCGCACGUGUGUGCAGGAGAUCACAGCACACAGGAAAAAACACGAUGAGGCCAUUCAUGACGUAGCCUUCCACCCCUCGCAGCCCUUCAUCGCCAGUGCAGGGGCCGACGCGCUCGCCAAGAUCUUUGUUUGAUUUUCUCACUGGGGAUCUACCCUCACUACUGGGCCAAAAGAGUGAAAUGCCGAGUAUUCGCACACACACACACACACACACACACACAGACAGACACACACACUUGCUCACUAAACGAGGGGAACAACGUCCUACACAUCACUGCCUGUGUUAAAGGCACACAACUCAAUAACCCAUCCUUUUUUUUUUUUAUUUGAUACAAACUGCUUUUAAUACUAAUGACUUUGCUGCUCAUGUCCUGAUUUCGGUUUUAGUCUACACUACUAAUAACCUGCACAGUGUGUUGCGAGGGAUGUCCAAUCUGUUGACGGAUGGACCCACACAAACACACCUUAACACAACACACGCAAACACACCCUGGAUUUUAAUUUCAUGCUCGGUUUAGGUUGAGGAUUUGAAGGCUCUCGGUAAACAAGGCAUUACCCAAGCCUGCACAUUUUCUCAAUGUAAAUUGCAUUAGUGCUAAUCUGUGAAUUAAUGUCCUCGCGUAACUGUUGCCUAGAAACGUGAGGCGAUCGAUGCAUUUCAUUCCAAAGACUGCUUUAGAUGAGGGUUUUUUUUGUUUUUGGUUGCGUUUUAGCUGCAAGUACAACACAGCUUUACCUUUAGCCUCACAGCUAAGAGCCUUAGUAUUUCAGCCUUUCAUAAUCAGUUCAACACAUUUCAUUCGUAUGACGAAUACACUUUGAACUAAAACCAAACACGUGUACCUGCGUGUGUGCGUUUGCGACGGUGCUAGCGCAAGCAUUUCGCAAUCGCCGUCUUCAUUCAUAUCCAAUCAGGUGGCGUUAUCCGUAAUAGUCAGGUGACUGUCGAGUAGUGUAUUUAUUGUAGUGUUCGGUAUCGGUCGGAAGAUUCCCAUGGGAAGAUCUGCAGUUGGAUGCGUAACUGAUUUCUGUAUAUAAGCAGGAUGCGCUGUACAUAGCACACUUGUUUCACAACCUUGGUGCUAAGAUCUCCUCCGAAUCAGGGACCUGUUCACGACGAGGGUCGUCAAGUAUCAAAACUCGGUUAAUGCCUGCCAUUCCUCAGAGUCAUCACGUACGGUUCUUUGGCAUUUCGGAAAUACAGCAAGAGUUACGGGAAAUUCAAAAUAGUUCUGGAGUGCCCAAGUGGCUUUUAAGGUUUUGUCAGGGUAUUUUUAAGACGACGAACUCCGCCCUGGAGGUUCAUCGCUUGGGGAUUGUCGCCAAAAAAGAAUAAACAAAAAUCGAAACCAACUACAAGUUGCAGUGUUUCAGUACAGCUGUAUUGUCGAUUUCUGAGUUUUUAGACAUCUGUGAUCUCGACCAGAGUCUUUUAUUUUUUUUUUGCUGAAAAGUGGAGAACAAAGCAAAGCUCGAAUUGGGAUUUUAAGUGAUGAGAAACUAGUGCCGCCCAGUUUUCAGUUGACUUGCAAAGAGGCCCAGUGGUGAAACUUGGACGGCUUCAAAAAGUCCUCUUGAUGGGUUUGUGCUGUUAGUCAAUGCGAGGUGCUUCAGAGUAAAAUAGCCUUGAGAAAAGCUUUUUAAGUGGGGGAAAAAAGCGGGGAAACUUACUACUUAUUGGCUAAGCAAUGAGUACAAGACGGCAACUCUGAAACUUGAUGGGGUGGGGGAUAAUAAGGUGAAAUGAAGAAUCAGACCUGAAUCUGAUCUUUAGGUUUCUUAGUCGGACGGGGACUGGUCUUGAGGUCUGGAGAACAAAGGUCACAUUUUGUAUUAGCCAGUUUCCGUUUUCUGGGGGUUAUUUUUAUCCUUUUACUGGUUUUCCGUGGUCAUAGACGAGUGGCCAGAAGCGACAAAAAGACUGAUGGGCCAUAAAGAGCGCUCUUGCAUAAUGGAGCCAAGUCAGUUCUUAACCAUCCAACUCGGAAAACAAGGUAUCCUACAUGGAGGUCUGAUUUUUACAAGGAAAACCGGUUGGAGUGAUUUUUAUUUUUUUUUUAAUUGAUAAGUUCAUGUCUCAUGUCGCUUGUCCAAUGUCGAGACCGCCAUUUUGGGCUAUUCGCCUAGUCAGUGAAUGUCACAUAACCACAGACUUGAGUUCAGUGGAAUCCAUAAUCCUUUGCUGCUUACCUCUUACCUAGUAACUUCGCACCGCACACUAACGGUUAGCUUUAUGCUACACUACAUGUGUAGGAUCACACGAACGGUUCGGUUCAUCCAUGUAUUGCUGCAUCGUUACGUUCUCUUCCAAAGACUGCCGAUUGCAUGGGUGUUUAGACGAGUCCUGCUGUCUCUUUUGUACACCUCUAUUUCCGCACCCCUCGAUGCAAUGUGAGUCUUGAAAUUACAGUGACAAAACACAUUCCUUACCGAGAGAGGACGAAUCUGUGUAAAAAAAAAAAAAAAAAAAAAGUAAAGUUUGAAAGAAACGGAAAAUGUUUAUAUGUUUGAAAAGCUGCCAAUGCAAAAUGUAACUCUCCCAUUUUCUCACUUACUUGCUUUUCUUUACUAGACAUAUUAUUAUGAUUACUAGUAAUAAGGUGUAAGAUGACAGUAGUACCUUUUUUGCUAGGCUUGAGACUUGCUUGUGAUUGUGUAAAAGCCUAAACAACAGAAAAUUGUAUGGAAAUUUAAGGAAAAAAAAAAAAAAAAAAAAAAGAAAAUGUUUCAGUCCACAGCCAAGGUAAAAGGACUUUUUAAGUGUUUUUAUUUUUUAAAGCAAUUUAUCACUGUGUGAUAUUUUGUACAUCAUAUUAAGCUGUAUUCAAACUAUAUCCU